CCGGCCCCUCAGCCCGCGGCCUGCGCACGGCCGCGCCCCGCCGCGCCUUCGCCAAGGAGCUGUUCCUCGGCACCCUGCGCAAGGAAGAAGUUUUUCCUUACCCAGAAAUUAGCAAUGAAGAACUGGCAGAAAUCAACCAGUUUGUGGGGCCUGUUGAAAAGUUCUUCAAUGAGGAAGUGGACUCGAAGAAAAUUGAUCAAGAUGCAAAAAUCCCACCUGAAACCUUACAAGGACUGAAGGACCUGGGUCUGUUUGGCAUGCAGAUUCCAGAGGAAUAUGGUGGGCUGGGCCUGUCAAACACCAUGUAUGCACGGCUGGGAGAAAUCACCUCCCUGGAUGGCUCCAUUGCAGUGACCCUGGCAGCUCAUCAGGCCAUUGGGCUGAAGGGGAUCCUCAUAGCUGGCACCGAGGAGCAGAAGGCCAAGUACCUGCCCCGCCUGGCCUCGGGGGAGCACAUUGCUGCCUUCUGCCUCACCGAGCCUGGCAGUGGGAGUGAUGCUGCAUCCAUCCAGACAAGAGCAACCCUGAGUGAAGAUGGGAAACACUUCCUGUUAAAUGGCUCCAAGGUCUGGAUCUCCAAUGGUGGCCUGGCCAGUAUUUUCACAGUGUUUGCCAGGACAGAGGUUGUGGACAAGGACGGGCAGGUGAAGGAUAAAAUCACAGCUUUCAUCGUGGAGCGGGACUUCGGCGGCGUCAGCCACGGCAAGCCCGAGGAUAAACUGGGCAUUCGAGGCUCCAACACCUGUGAAGUGCAUUUUGAAAACACCAAAGUGCCUAUAGAGAAUGUCAUUGGAGAAGUUGGAGGGGGAUUUAAGGUUGCCAUGAAUAUCCUCAACAGUGGAAGAUUUAGCAUGGGCAGUGCAUCUGCUGGAAUGAUUAAGAAGUUGAUAGAGCUGACAUCAGAGUAUGCUUGCACCAGGAAACAAUUCAAUAAGAAACUCAGCCAGUUUGGAUUAAUUCAGGAGAAGUUUUGUUUGAUGGCUGUGAAAGCCUACGUGAUGGAGAGCAUGGCUUACCUGACUGCAGGCAUGAUGGACAGGCCAGGCCUCCCUGACUGCUCCGUGGAGGCUGCCAUGGUCAAGGUGUUCAGCUCUGAGGGUGCCUGGGCCUGUGUGAGCGAGGCUCUGCAGAUCCUUGGGGGCCUUGGCUACAUGAAGGAUUAUCCCUACGAGCGCUACCUCAGGGACACCAGGAUCCUGCUCAUCUUUGAGGGAACCAAUGAAAUCCUGAGAAUGUACAUUGCACUGACAGGCAUGCAGCAUGCAGGGAAGAUCUUAACUGACAAAAUUAAAGCAAUCAAGAAAGGAAACGUGGGAGUGGCGCUGGGGGAGUUCAUGACCAGGUUGCAGGACAACCUGGGCAGGAAGGUGGAUCUGGGGCUUGUAGGUCACCAUGGGGUGGUGCACCCCAGCCUCCAGGAGAAUGCCAAGAAACUUGAAGAAAACGUUCAUUAUUUUGGAACUACAGUCAGGGGCCUGCUAAGUAGGUUUGGCAAGACAAUAGUGGAGGAGCAGCUGGUGCUGAAGAGAGUGGCAGAUGUGGUGAUUAAUUUGUAUGCAAUGACUGCAGCCAUCUCCCGGGCCAGCCGCUCCAUCAGCAUCGGGCUCAGGAACCACGACCACGAGGUGCUUCUUACAAAUAUCUUCUGCACAGAAGCGUAUUUCAAGAAUAAUUAUGCCAUGGCUCAAUUAGAAAAAUAUGCAGAUGAAAAUCUGGAUGAUUCCAUUAAGAAAGCUGCAAAGCAGAUCCUGGAGAAGAGGGCAUAUAUCUGCUCCCACCCUCUGGACAGGACCUUCUGAUCCCUCCCUGACAGCAGGCACUCAUCACUGUCAGUCAGGGAGGGAUUUGCUGCAGUUGCAGAAUUUGACACAUUAAAACCAUGUUUUCAAUGUCUUUACUAAAUGUAACUUGUAUAAAAUAAAACUUCUUUCUAACCACUA